AUGUUGAAUUCCAAGGUUCAAGAAAUUAAAUAAUCAAGUUAUAAUGAUUAUAUUUUUGAUUCAUGGGCUAAUACUAAUGAAACAUCAAGAGUUUAAACUAAUUAAUAAACUCAACUGAAAAUAUAGAGUUAAAGAUAAAAAAAAUUUAAAUACAGUAAUAUAUUGUAUUAAAAUAAUGAUUAAAUAAUUACAACUAAAUCUCAGGUUCAUUAAAAAUAUUAAGAUGUAUAACUUAAUUCAUUUAGCAAUAAUCUUGAUGAAUUAAAAUAAAAGGAAUAAUAUGUAAUAUAUUUAUUUAUAAAGAGAGUUUCCAAAAAUACUAAAAAGUUAGAUCUACCAAUAGAAAUCAUUCAAUAUGUAGGAAUUAAAAUGAAGAUUUAGAAAUAAAAUAUGAAAGUAUAGCUAAUUGUUCAACAAUAUUUUCUUAACGGAUUAAAAAUAGUUAAAAAAAAUAAUUGAGUUAUUCUUAGAAUUGCAAAUUAAUCCUUCCAAAAAUUAAGAAGAAAUAAACUUAAAAAAUAUUAAUAAAUAAAUUUCUAGUUAUUUGUAGAGUUAUUGGAAAAAUUAUCAUUUUAUAUUUCAAAACUUUGUCUAAUACAAAUCCAUUAAAAAUAACAAAUAAUCUUAAAUUAUAAAAAGUGUUAAAUCUAAGGAAAAUCUUUAAAUAUGAUAGAAAUAUAAGUGAUUCAUUAUCAAAAUCUAUCAGAGAAUGGGUUAAACCCUCACUAUAAAAAAUAUUUUAUCAUCUCCAAAAUACAUUAAUUUAUACUCAAGAUGAAAAAGUAUUAGAUUUAAGAAAAUUGAAAGAUUAAGAAUAAAUUUGGACUUUAAACUUUGCAAAAUUUCUAUUUCAGAAUUUAGAACUAAUCACUAGAAAAGGUAAUAUUCCAAAAGAAAUUAUAAAAGCUAUGUCAAAUGCCUUAUACUAAGAAAAUAAUUAAUAUGUAUAAUUAUUUCUUGCUUAAAGAACUAAAUUUUAUAACUAUCCUUUCAGUAUUUUAGAAAUCCAAUUAAUAUGUUCUGAAUAUAUUUUAUUUAAUGCUAUUGUAAUUGAAUUAUUUGAUUAAGCCAAUAAUUUAACAUAUCAAUCUUUCAAUCAUAAUCUUAAUUGUAAAAUUUAAGUAUUAAAAUUGACAAGCAUAAUUAAUGUGUUUUACAUAAAUAUAUUUAAAGAUAUGCCAAUAAUUAAUUUUGAUUAUAAAGACGAAUAACUAUAUUCUAGAAAGUUAUAUAUCACUAAUGAUUAAUAGUAACUAUUAUAAUUGGUGGAUACAAAAGAAAUCAAUAACUCAGAAACUCUAAUUUUAGGAUUAAAACAUUAAGAUUAUAUUUAACGUAUACUAUAAUAAAAAGAGAAAUAGAAAUAAAAGUUAGAAUUAAUUUUCAACAAAUUUAUAAAUAAUCUAUACUCUUAAAUAGAUAUAUCUGAGUGA